AUGGGUGAGCUGGGCUUAGGUUGGGAAAUUCUUUUAACUAUUUGUGACAUUUUGAACACUGGCCCUCCAGUUUAUAGUGAUAGUGCUUACCAAAAACACAAUCAAUCGGUGAAUCUAGCAACAAGAAAAGUAUUGGAAGAAAGAUUGAACAUUGGCGCGGCUGGUCGACUUGAUGUAAUAAAAGAGCUGAAUAUGUCUGCUGGUUUUUAUACAAAAACUGGAAGUGGGAGAAAGAAUGACAAGAGAGUAAAACAAGCAAAUGCAAGGGCCCAGAUGAAGUUCAAGGAAGCAAGACAGAA